CGAGGGGCGGGGAAGGAGGAGGAGGAGGGCGGCGGGCCCGCGGCGGGGCGCGACGCCGCCUGAGGGGAUGGCGGCGGGCAUGGCUGCGUGGACGUGGCUGCUGCGGGCCCCCACCGCCACCGAGCUGCUGCUGGCGGCCCUGUGCUGGCUGGGCUGCUACUGGCUGCUGCGGCGGCCGCGGGCGCCGCCGGGGCUGCCGCCGGGCCCGGCGCCCUGGCCGCUGGUGGGCAACUUCGCCUUCGCCCUGCUGCCGCCGCCGCUGCUGAGGAGGUGGGCGGUGGAGGUGCAGGGCGGCGGCCGGGCCUCCCCCGCCUUCUCCCCCCACGUCUUCCUCACCGGCCUCACCAAGAUGUACGGCAGCGUCUUCCGGAUCUUCGUGGGCAGCCGCCCCUUCAUCGUCCUCAACACCUUUGAGGCGGUGCGGGAGGCGCUGGUGCAGAAGGCGGAGGCGUUCAGCGACCGGCCCUCCGUCCCCAUCGUCCUCAUGAUCACCCAUAAGAAGGGUGUUAUUUUUGCACCUUACGGCCCUGUCUGGAAGCAACAGAGGAAAUUCUCUCUCUCAACACUGCGUCAUUUUGGAGUAGGAAGACACAGCUUAGAGCCUAAAAUCAUUGAGGAGCUGAAGUUUAUAAAGGAGGAAAUGCUGAAGCAUGGAAAGGAUUCAUUUAAUCCCUUUCCGAUCAUUCGCAACGCAGUGUCCAAUGUUAUCUGUUCCAUGGCCCUUGGCAGGCGUUUUAACUAUGAAGAUGUUGAGUUCAAGACGAUGCUGAAGAACAUGGCCCGUGCACUAGAGCUAAGCGUGAACAGCUAUAUGAUCCUGGUCAAUAUCUGCCCUUGGCUGUACUACCUUCCCUUUGGGCCUUUCCGAGAACUUAGGAAAACAGAAUUAGAUAUUACUACUUUUCUAAAGAAAAUAAUUGCACAGCACAGGGAUACACUGGAUGCAGCAAAUCCCAGGGACUUCAUUGAUAUGUACUUCAUUCAUGCGGAAGAAGAAAAGAACAACAAGGAGAGCAGUUUUAAUGAAGACUACCUAUUUUUUAUCAUCGGUGACCUCUUCAUCGCAGGCACAGACACUACUUCCAACACCUUACUGUGGUGCCUGCUCUACAUGUCUCUCUACCCAGAAGUACAAGAGAAGGUUCAUGCAGAAAUUGAAGCAGUUCUAGGACGUGACAAAGUUCCCUCUCUUACCCACAAGGCUCAAAUGCCCUUCACAGAGGCAACCAUUAUGGAAGUGCAGAGGAUGACUGCGGUUGUUCCCCUUUCUAUCCCUCGAAUGGCCUCAGAAACUGCUGUGCUGCAGGGUUAUACUAUUCCUAAGGGCAGCGUGAUUGUGCCCAACUUGUGGUCAGUACACAGAGAUCCUAACAUUUGGGAGAAACCAGAUGAAUUUCAACCAUCAAGAUUUCUGGAUGAAAAUGGCCAGCUAAUUAAGAAAGAGGCAUUCAUUCCUUUUGGAAUGGGUAAACGUGUGUGCAUGGGAGAGCAGUUGGCAAAAAUGGAGCUGUUCUUAAUUUUUGCAAGUCUAAUGCAAAGUUUUACCUUUUUGUAUCCUGAAAAUGCUGCAAAACCAUCUAUGGAGGGAAGGUUUGGUCUAACUUUAGCUCCCUGUCCAUUCAAUAUAAUAGCUCUGAAGAAAUAAUAUAACAUCAAAAAUGAUUAAACAAUGAAAUACUGCACUUUUAAAAUCCAGCUUUAUUUUGUUUCCAGCUUAUUUUGUUACUUUCUUUCCAGAAAAACGCAAACUGGAUAGGCUUUCAUAGUCAGAAUGAUACAUUUACACUUCUGGAAAGAGAAGAUUUCUUCUGUCAGCUGUUGCAUUCCACAAAUGAACUGACAGCAUAGUUUGCAAUUUGAUAUUAAAACUUGCUGGGCUUAACCCCUCUGUCUAUAAACUGUUACUGUCAGUUUGUAAAAUAUUAUGGGAGAAUGGUCCAAAACAUCUGUUAAUGCUUUAGCAAAUAGUAAUUUUUAUUUUGGUAAAAGCAGCAUGUAAACAUUUAAUUUACCAAAUGAGUGAAGGACAUCAUCUAAUACCAAAAGGGUCAAUGAAUGAGAGGGUAUUAGCAUUUUCUAUGUAAAGAAACGUAAUAACUGAGCUUAAGUAAUGACAAAUACUUUUUGGAAAUGACUAAAUGACACUUCUUUUUAACCUUGGAGGAUUCUUUCUUGCAAGUAACUCAUAGGUGUAGAUGAGAUCAAAUCGGUCUGGAUUCCUGGAUCCAAACAUUCUUGACUAUCAGGGCUCGCUAUAAACAAGCAGGUACCAACUCUGAAAACCCAGGCUUGGAGGCCAAAUGAAUCCUUGAAUAUACCAUGUUCUUAACAUGAAA